AUGUCUGAAGAACAAGCCAACACCUUCAAAUUUAAAGAAGGAGCAAAUGGAAGGACAAUAAUAAUUGAACUCAACAGUCCUGAAGGAUUGGUUCAAGAAGAUGUUGACGUGGCACUCGAGAAGAAAAGGAUCACAGUUGUGGUUCGAAAACCGGAAGAGCCGGAACAAACAUUGCUUGAGGGAGAGCUUUUGCAUGAGGUCGAUCCAGCGUCAUUGGAUUGGAAGCUUGCGUCAGAUGUGAUUACCAUUGAAGUGAAGAAAGCAAAUCCCGAGACAAAAUGGGCAUCGUUAUUUGUGAUUGUUAUUGAAAUUCCUCACUUGUUCAAAUUAACUGAUGAUAAUAAGGUCAAUGAAAUUAUUAAAAUUCUUAAAGAGACCAAAAAACGCGAAGAUGGAGAGGAAGGGGAGACAGGAGACGGAGAUGAUACAAAGCCACUAACGAGCCAAGAACUUCUUUCAAUGAAACAUCCCAUUCACCGUUAUUCCUUGAUGGGAUGGGCAACAAUGAAUAGAAAAUAUCCAAUUGUCGAAUAUUUAUUGAGAGCUUACGGUCCUAAACGUGUUGCAAAUCUUCCAAACGAACAAGAUUUGGAAAUUCUAAAGGAAUGGCAAAAAGAAAAACGAAGACUGACUGCUCUUUCCAAAAAGAAGAACAAUCCCAAUGAAAAUUUGGAUGAAGAGGAUGAAAACGCAGAGGAAAAGGACUUUGCAUCAAGUCUUCUUGAAAAAUUCGAAAAAUACAACAUUGAAAUAAUCAAACAAAUUGGAGAGUUUGGAAUUUAUGAAGGUGACACGAGUGACUUUGAAAUCCCAGUGGAACUACCUCCAAUAACGGAAGAGGCGUCACAAAAUGAUGUUCCUGAACCAAAAGAGAAUGCACAGUCACAAGAAAAGGACAUGGAAAACGAGGAAAAACAAAACGAAGAAGGUCAAGAAGAAAAUUCUGAAGAGGCACAAGAAGAAGGAGAAGAAAACGACACAGAAAAUAAUGAAGGUCAGGAAGAUAAGGAAGAAGCGGAAACACAACAGGAGCCUGAAAAGCCGCAAAAACCAAAGGUCAUAGAACCACCAAAACCACAAUUUGUAAAAUAUCGUAAUGGAUUUGGCUCUGCCUAUUAUACGAAUGACGAUGUAUAUAUUGGAGUUUUUAAGGACACCAUCAGGGAAGGAAUGGGAGCUUACAUUUAUAGGGGAGAUUACAUUGAAAACCUACGAAAAGAAAAAGAAAAGCAACAGGAAGACCUGGAAGCAGAUGAAGCCGAGGAGGAAGAUGAGUCUCUCAAUCCUGAAAAUAUUCCUUUGUGUUACUUUGUUGGUGAUUGGAAGGAUGGCAAAAAAAACGGUAAAGGAAGAAUGCUUUAUCACAAUGGAGAUAGGUUCUAUGGAGAAUUUGUGAACGAUAUGAAGCAUUGUGAAAGAGGUAUAUACCUAUACAGCAACGGUGACAUGUUUGUAGGCCAGUUCCAAAACGACGUAAAAGAAGGGAACGGUGUUUAUACUUUUGCAGCUGACGGCUCAAGUCUUGACGGAACAUGGAAGUCAGGAAAGUUUGUUGAGGGUACAUGGAAUUGGAAAGAUGGAAAGAUUGCGUUCAAGUCGAGCGAUUUCACUUCAAAGACCGUUCAAGGAAACUUUGUGUUUCAAAAUUUCAAAGCGUCUGGGUCAUUCGUCGAUCAAAAGUGGCACCUCUCGCAAAUUACACUAUAA